GGCAGGGUCCGGCGGCGUCCCCUGCUAGCAGCUGUUGCGGGUUAUCAUGAGAUGCCUUGGGCCAGGUUUGAGGGCUCGGCGCCUGUUCCCACCCCGCUACCCGCCGCAGCCGCCGGGGCCUCGGGCGCCUCGGCUGUGCAGCGGGCUCACGGGUGGCGCCAUGGACGAGCUGCUGCGGCGAGCCGUGCCACCCACGCCGGCCUAUGAGCUGCGCGAGAAGACGCCUGCGCCCGCCGAGGCGCAGUGUGCCGACUUCGUGAGCUUCUACGGCGGCCUGGGAGAGACGGCCCAGCGCGCCGAGCUGCUCAGUCGCCUAGCGCAGGGCUUCGGCGUGGACCAUGGCCAGGUGGCCGAGCAGAGCGCCGGGGUGCUGCAGCUGCGCCAGCAGUCGCGCGAGGUGGCCGUGCUGCUGCAGGCCGAGGACCGGCUGCGCUAUGCGCUCGUGCCGCGCUACCGCGGCCUCUUCCAUCACAUCAGCAAGCUGGACGGCGGCGUGCGCUUCCUGGUGCAGCUGCGGGCCGAUCUGCUGGAGGCGCAGGCCCUCAAGCUGGUGGAGGGGCCGCACGUCCGGGAAAUGAAUGGAGUACUGAAGAGCAUGCUGUCCGAGUGGUUCUCCUCUGGCUUCCUGAGCCUGGAGCGGGUCACCUGGCACUCCCCCUGUGAGGUGCUUCAGAAGAUCAGUGAGUGUGAGGCUGUGCAUCCUGUCAAAAACUGGAUGGACAUGAAGCGGCGUGUGGGGCCAUACCGGAGAUGCUACUUCUUCUCCCAUUGCUCCACCCCUGGGGAGCCCCUGGUUGUCCUGCAUGUGGCUUUGACGGAUGACAUUUCCAACAACAUCCAGGGCAUCGUGAAGGAGGACCCUCCAUCUGAAACGGAGGAGAGGAACAGAAUCUCUGCUGCUGUCUUCUACUCCAUCAGCCUGACCCAGCAGGGCCUGCAGGGGGUGGAGCUCGGGACCUUCCUCAUAAAGCGAGUGGUCAAGGAGCUGCAGAAGGAGUUUCCUCACUUGGGGGCCUUCUCAAGCCUGUCGCCUAUACCUGGAUUCACCAAGUGGCUUCUUGGGCUCCUGAAUGUGCAGGGAAAGGAGCAUGGGAGGAACGAGCUAUUCACAGACUCAGAGUGCAAAGAAAUCUCAGAGGUCACAGGUGACCCGGUUCACGAGAGCCUCAAGGGCUUCCUGAGCAGUGGUGAGUGGGUGAAGUCAGAGAAACUGGUGCAGGCCCUGCAGGGGCCACUGAUGAGGUUGUGUGCCUGGUACCUGUAUGGUGAGAAGCACCGAGGCUACGCCCUCAACCCAGUGGCCAACUUCCAUCUACAGAAUGGGGCCAUGAUGUGGCGUAUCAACUGGAUGGCUGACAGCAGCCUGAAAGGCCUCACUAGCUCCUGUGGCCUCAUGGUCAACUACCGCUACUACCUGGAGGAGACGGGCACCAACAGAAUCACCUACCUGGGCUCCAAGAACAUCAAAGCCUCUGAGCAGGUCCUCAGCCUAGUGGCCCAGUUCCAGAAGAACAGCAAGCUCUAGGGACAUCCUCCCAAAGCCUGGGCCCUUGCUCAGAAAGGAACUGUGUUUGAUGGGCCAGGCUUACUCACCGUAGGAGCCUUUUCAGGGAAGCCACAGCUGUGCUGUGUCCCCUGACCUCAGCAGGCACUCAGGAGGCCCCACCUCAGCUGUCACUGUGCUGGCCGACUCACUGCUUGGAGGAGGUUCUGGUGUGGGUGCACACACUGUGGGAGAUAGCACUGUGCUCCUCCAGAAGCUGCCCUGCUGCCCCACAACCUGUGCCUUCAGGAAGCUGGUGUAGGUGCACACACUGUGGGAGAUAGCACUGUGCUCCUCCAGAAGCUGCCCUGCUGCCUCAUGUCUUCCUCCCUGUCUCUGCCGUGGCUGCUAUUGCAGCUUAUAGCUCAGACUGGAGGCUUUGUGACAUGUACAGGGCAUAGUCGGCCCCUCAAGGAUGCUGCUGCUUGAGGCCAGGGUUGGCUUAUAGGGCUUAAAUGAGAUUCCAGUUCACAAUGAACUGAAAAGUAAAGAACAAGUCUGUUCUAGAAACACUAAACAUGAUUGUUCACUACACACCUUUCUUCAAGUGUGCUACACUGUGUACUUUUCUUCAAGAUCAGAGUCCUGGCAAGGCUCAGGGUCAGCUCUGAAAUGUCCACAGCAUCACAUUCCCCAGCCAAUCCAUUGGGAACCGAGUAUGGAUGAAGUCAGGUGCAGGACGAGGAGCAGAGAAGAGGUGUGUAUGUGUGUGGUUGUCUGUAUCUCAGCAUGUCUGCAUGACUGAGAAGGUCUGUAUGUGUUGAUGUGUGUAACUGUGUGUAUAUAUGCUUGUCACGGGGCUGGGGACGGGAUGGUUUUUUGAGUGUAUCUGUAUGCAUCUACAUCCAUCCACGUGCAUCUGUGAGUGUCAAACAUCAGCAGGCACAGGGCUCCUACUUUCAGUCAUGCAUGUCCCUUGCCUUUGUUGACUGCAUCUUCUAGACCUUCCCAGACUGGCCUGUCGGUGCAGAGGGCUGGCUCCUGGAAGCAGCUGGGAUUAGGAGCUAGUGUCCUCUUCACCCAACUAGAGGCAGGGAGUGGCCGAGGCAGGGAGACCUCCAAGGCAUAAUCUGUCCCCCAACUUCACUCAAUACCCUGUUCUACAGGUCACCCUCAAACCGCCUGGCUCUCUGCAUCAGCUUGCUGACCACCCUUUAAAGUGUAGUCCUGGAGCCCCUCCCUCCCCUGGCCUUCACCUGCUGCCAGCACUCCAGUAAUGGCUUCCUUUGCUGUGUUCUUGGUGCUAGGUCAUCUGACCUGUUGGGAUCCUACCAUGGCCUGACCCUUCUAGCCUGCAGGGCCCUCCAACAGCUCUGGAACCCCAUCCUCACUAAGACCCAUGGCAGGAUGCUCCUGUUGACACAGAUGGGAAAAUAAAAGGACACUUCUCAGUAAUCCCACUUCCCUUCUCAGGAGCUGGGGGAUCUAAAUGAAAUGAGGAUGGUGGGAUGUGGGUCCUGGAAUUAGCACAGCAUUUGUGGUGUGGUAGAUCGCUCUGGCCCCUUCCCAGGCCAGCUGGUCAUUGUAGUUGCUGUCCCCCCAUUGCCAUCAGAUAGCACUGCUGCGGGUCCCCUGCCUUGUCCAAAGGGUGCAGAAGGGUGGGGUUUGGGUUAACUGGUCCCUUGCUCACAAAGGCAGUCUAUCCGGAGCCACAUCAGCCCACACAGACCUUGAACCUGAGCUCGGGGUGCAGAACCAACUCUAGGUUCCCAGAACACUGAACUACUGGCAGGCAGAGAGCUGGGGAGGGAUGUGGAGUUGGAAGGGGUACAGGGCUGUGGGGGACCACUGAACUUUGGGGGAGCAGAAAUUGGGGUGCAUGGAGCUGGGGAUACACAUAGUUGCGGGGGAACAGAGCUAUCACUUCCCCUCCCCUCUUGUAUGGCUGGUCUGCUUUGCCACUAGAGGCUGUCAACAUGUGUUUCAGGGAGCCUCUCUUGUCUCCAUUCCAUGAAUCUCAUUUAGGCUGACUAAACAGCAGUUUUGGGCAUGAGCCCAGAUCGCAGAUCCAAAUCCCAGUGCGCCAGUAGCCACGUUUCAGGCAUCAGCCCUUGAGUGACCAUUGUUAAAAUUUUUCAUGUCACCCUGUGCAUAAGGAUUCAGUAUUUUAUGUCCUUGAAUAUAAUCUAAGACUGAAAAUAGGUGAUUAAAAACAAUAGUAUCAA